UACUAUAUACUAUAUACUAUAUACUAUAUACUACAUACAUACUAUAUAUAUACCCAGUAUUGUCGCGCACUCAAUUGUUAUGUAAAGAUCUGGAUCGGAACGAGUAUAUAUCUAUCUGGAUGUCGCGAUCCGAGAGUCACACACUUGUUGAAAUUUGUCGCAUACGGCGAGCGAAAUAAUUGGGGAACUCAAAUGGGUUCUUGGUUUUUAAUAAAAUUAAAUAUUUUCAGUUAUAACUAUUAAAAACAGUACGGAAUUUCCAUUCUAAAAUUUUAAUUAGAUUUAUUAACUGAAAUAAUUGCAUUUAGAGAAUAUAUUUGCUUUGUUUUCAAUCAGCUCUAAAUAUUUCCAACUUUGGUACACCAAACCUUAAUGAAAUAUAUUAGUUAGGAGUACAGCAAAAGAAAUCAAACCCAAUAGAACACCAAAGCAAUACAAUUAUUUCGCGAGCCGUAUGAUAUAGUAUAGCGACCAGUGAGCCUGUUAUAUGAUAUUAGAACUCUAUAGAUAGAUCGUUGUUGAAUUUAAAGCCCAAGCGAAGUGGAAAUCGAAAUGGAAACUUAAAUUGAAAAUGAAAAUGAAAACGAAUGUAGGAAAUCGAGAAUGGAGAAUCGAAAAUAGAAAAUCGUUAAGCGGGGAGCCCUUUAAGCAUUGUGAUAUGAAAAAAAAUAGCAAAAAGAAAAUAGCAAAUGGAGGAGUAAUUUCAGAGUGCGUCUGUAUCGAGAUCAAAUGGAAUCGUAUCGAGGAGAAUCAAAGUAUUUACAAUAGCUACAAUCCAUAGCCGAUAUGUAUUAUUAUAUAUAUGAUACCAUAUUAUAUAAUGUUUGUACUUUUGUGAUUUGCGUUCGUUCGAAUUUUGUAGAGCCGCGUGUUUUGUAAUUAGAUUUAGUUGGUUCAAGGAUCAAACUUUUUAACGGGGAUAUAUUAUAUAUACACACACAAACAAACAAGCAAACAAACACACACACACACAGCAAAACGGACAGAUAUCGAUUUCCAUUUAGAGAGCGUUUUUUAAACAGUAAAGGACAAUAACUUUGCAAGCAUUUAUGAUUCCGCGUAAGUCAAGUAAUUAUAAUUACCGAGCAUUCAAAUCAAGGUUCGUUGUUGUCCCCGAUUAGCCAGAUUGUCCUGCUGGAUCCCCCCUAGAUUAUAGAUUAUAGACUAUAGAUGAUAAUAGAACGCACUCGAAUAGUCAAAUUCCUUGGCAGUCCUUUCCUAAUCGCACCUGUAUUCUGACCAAAAACCAAUCGAAAACCUGGCACAAAUUUAGCUGAAGCUUUAAUCCACGUACUCUUUAAAAAACAACUCGAAAACUCAGUCAACUUUUUGAAUCACACCAAAUGGAUAUACUAUAUAUACGGAGGGACAGUGCGUUUCACAAUUGUAAAGAGUGAGAUGAUGUGACUUUUAAAAAUGUUGUUAUUUGAGGUUUGAAAACUCAAAAUUUCCGAUUCGAUCACAUAUCUUAAUUUAAAGCUGGCUGAAUUUGAUAAUAUUUGACAAUCGCCUGAAGUUGGCCAUCGUUUUCUUCCGAAAUUUGAAAGCCGAGCUGUCUGAUACUUGUGAAACGCUCUGAUCCACAUUGAAUAUAUACAAAAUAUAUAAAUACAGAGGACAGCAAAUGGAAAAUCCUUCUCCAAAAACACUUACUUUUAAGAAAAUAUAAGCCGCUGAGCAUUUUUUUUUCUUUUUUUACUGUUUGUUAGCCAAACUAAUGAAGCGAUCAAGUUAAACUCGUGUUGAAUUUGUAUUUAUACGGAAAUCUAUAUAUACAUAUAUAUAUAUAUAUGAAUGUGCGUGCUAUAUAAGAUAAUGCUACAAAUUGUUAUACAAGUAAACCGAAAUUGAGUCAAAUAUACGAAUAAAGAUAUUAAACGAAGACAGCCCGAAAUCAAUAUGCACUUUGACGAAAUACAGAGUCCAAACAAAGACGUGCGGAUGGGAUAGAGCCAGCGAUUAGCAGCCAAUGGCAGACGAGGGCCCCAUUCUCCUACCUACCAUGCCAUACCUCCAUGCUAUAUCUCCGCUACAGCUAUAGCUUCCCGUCUCGUGGGAUCCCGAGAGCGAGACCACUUGACGAUGCCAGACUCGAUCGCCAGAACCUCCAGGAGGCAGUGCUUAAAUGUUCGCACCCCACUCGCUGCCCUUUCAGUCGAUCAGCGAUCAAGGAUGAGCAAGGACACGGGUGCCACCAGGAUAACCAUCAGCCAGCGGGAGCAGCGGCGUCUGCUGAGGACUCCGAAGUGUGCGAGGUGUCGCAACCAUGGCGUCAUCUCCUGUGUCAAAGGUCACAAGCGCUUGUGUCGCUGGCGGGAGUGCUGCUGCCCCAAUUGCCAGCUGGUCGUGGAUCGCCAACGGGUGAUGGCCGCCCAGGUGGCACUGCGUCGCCAGCAGACGAUGGAGGCCUUGGAGGCCACCGCCUCCUCCUCCUCCUCCGUUGGCGGAAAAUCAUCGGGGAUAACCAGCAGCGAGGGCGAGGACUCAUUGACCUCCGCCUCACCGCCGCCGCCGACGGCACAUUCGGGAAUCAUCAACUCAUCAUCAGUACCUUCAUCUGCAUCGCUAUCAUCUAUAUCAUCAUCAUCGAUCACCCGACAAACCCUGAUGGCCCAGAAGAGGAUCUACAAGCAGCGGUUGCGCAGUUUGCAGCAGUCCACGCUCCACAUCACAGCUGCCAUGGAAGAAUACAAGCAGCGAUUUCCCACGUUCAGUUCGCCGUUGAUGGAACGCAUGCGCAAACGACGCGCGUUCGCCGAUCCGGAACUGAAUUACGCCAUGGAGGCGACUCUCGGCGGCAAUGCUUUGUACUUGGCCACCGUUGCCGCCGCCACGGCCGCAGUGCAUCAGGAUCACCAGCAGCAGCUAUAUCUUCCAGUGCCGCCUACAAAACCACCGAUGGCCACGCCCUCCAUCUCGCCCGCUGCCUCUGAAAAGAAGAAACCCAAGCUGAGCUUCUCCAUCGAGUCCAUCAUGGGCAUCAGCACGUAACAUCGAUGAGGAAUACCCCAUUAAAAACCCCCUCUGUAUAU